AUGCCCCCGGAGCUGGCGAAUAAGGUGGCAGCUCAGCUUGCGAGCCAAUCUUCAGACAAGGCUUUCAGGAGACAGCUCAAGCCGCAGGAUAUCAGCAACGGAUUGUGGGCUAUGGCUGCUCUGGAUUUCGAGCUGCCGGAACAGGCCUUGCUGAUGCCCACUUUAGUGGCCAAGGGACUUGCCAGCCCUGAGCUGUUCCGGACGCAAGAGCUGGCAAACAGCAUUUGGGCCUUGGCCACCUGCGGCUCAGGCCUGGCGAGCCAGGCGGGUCAAGAACUGGCGGCCUUCUGCGUGCAGCGGCGACUGAGGUCAUUGGAACCUAUCCAGAUUGCCGCAGUUAUGUGGGCGGUUGCAGCUGCUGGUCUAGACGGUCCAAUCCUGAGGUCCUCAUCGGCACCUUCCCCGUUGAUGCCGCGCUUGGCCGAUGCAGCGUCCAACCGCGUCUUGGAGUUCGGCCCACAGGAGGUGGCGAACAUAGCUUGGGCCCUGGCCAUCGAGAGCAUCGACCGGCCGGCUUUGCGAGAUGAACUUGCUGCAGCUGCUCGGCGACUUUCGCCCAUCUUUGGCCGCAAGGAACUGGUCAAUACCAUUUGGGCCUUUGCCGUGCUGGGGCAAAAGCGGCCUUGA